AUGGAUAUCCCUGGAUCCAACAUGACCGGCGCUUCAACCGAGGCAAUGGAAAUCGGUGGUCGUCGGGGAGAGCGUUACGAUUCAGACCGAACAAAUGAGGAUUUAUCAUACAUUGCGAGCCCUGCUAAUAUUGGGGCAUCGUUCGUUGAUGUACAAAAUGAGCAAACUGUGACGGCGGAUUCAGUGAGAGCGAUUGUACAUGAGCAAAACUACGUAUUCGGAAUGGCGUCAUUAACAGAAGAAGUAGAAGUUACCAUUAAUCCAGAUACGGAUAUCGUGUUACUACCUGGAGAAGAACGUGUGAAAUACAACAAUAUGUUCGAAUGGCAAAUCGAAUCAGGACUCAUCUUUGUGACAAACUACAGGAUAAUAGUGCUCAAAACUGUCGAUUGCACAAAACGGUUUUUGGUAUUUCCAUUACAAGAAAUUGAACAAUUCGAUCUUUCCAAUGACAAUGUGAUAACAGUUUCGAUGAAAGGUGGACGAUCAUUCAAAUUUCAAUGCAAAGGUGAAGAUCAUACGGGCCUGCAUAAACUCGUCUCCCCUGCUCUCCACCGGCUGAAUCGUAAUAUGAAGACACUUUACACCUCGAGGCCACAGGACUGGGCAUCAAAAACUGAAAGCAAUCCAAUGACCGCAUUAAACCCGUUUGCGUGGAGGUUUUCCGAAGCAGUUGAUGAGCUCGAUAGGAAAGGUCAACUACCGUCCUGGCUGAAAAGAGCUGAUUCGGUGGCUAAUGAGAUAACCCAUAUCGACUUCAAUCGAUUAGAAAUGUCUGAACACUUUCAAAUUUCGAGUGUCAAUGAAAAAUUCGAAGUUUGUCCCACUUAUCCUGAGAAAGUGAUAGUUCCAAAAGGAAUCACAGACGAGGAUAUCCGAACAGGUGCACCAUAUAGGUCUAUCGGCAGAUUUCCCGCAGUUAUCUGGAGGUGCAAAAAGACUCGAGCAGUUUUAAUUCGCAGUUCACAGCCUCAAGUUGGAAUUUUAUCAUGGAGAAAUUAUACGGAUGAGAAACUUGUGGAAGAAAUUGUGAAAGCGACUCGAGUCGAAGGAGAAGAAAGGAAACAAUUCAUCAUCAUGGAUGCUCGAGGAUAUACGUCUGCAUUUGCGAAUCGUGCAAGAAGUGGCGGAUUUGAAAACACAGAGUACUACCAACAAGCCAAACUCGAGUUCCUUGGUUUGCCUAAUAUCCAUGUCGUCCGUGCAUCAUUCAACAGUAUCCGUAAUAUGCUUCACCAACAAAUGAGUCCAAAUGAGCAGUUACUUCAAAAUCUCCAACAAACAGGAUGGCUCACGAAUCUGAGUAGCUUACUGGUUAAUGCCAGUAACUGCGCUGAUCAUCUCAUUCGGGGACAUUCAGUUCUUGUUCAUUGUUCCGAUGGAUGGGAUAGAACAACUCAAAUAACGACAUUGGCUAAGGUUAUGUUGGAUGAACACUACCGAACAAUUGAAGGUUUCGAGCAACUUAUUCGACGAGAUUGGAUUGCAUUUGGACAUAAGCUUUAUGAUCGGCAAUCUACUGGCACUUCUGGAAACUGGGGAGAGGGUACCGAGCGUUCUCCAAUUUUCCUUCAGUUCCUGGAAGCUGUUCGACAUCUUCAAAGAGAACAACCAACUGCAUUCCAAUUUUCGCACGCUUAUCUGAUAAAGCUCGCGAAACAUGCAUAUUCUGGGCUAUUCGGAACUUUCUUAUUCAACUCGCACAAGGAAAAGAAAGAUGCUAUGGAGAAAUGGAAUGCCAGCUUAGUUGAGAUUUGGAGGUUCAUUGGACCACAUAAUGAAGAAUUUGUGAAUCAAUCGUACGAUGAAAAGUAUGUCGGAACACUGAAGCCAAUCAACCUUUCAGUACUAAAUUUACGUGUUUGGCAUGAAGUAUUCGCUGAUGAAGGAGAAUGUUACAAUUUAUUCUACAGUAAUAAGGACGAGCGUCCAUCGUCUGGAUGUGCUACUCCAAUAACCACUUCAUCGUCAACAAAUAUGGUGAAAAGCAAAAGUUCAGAAAGUAUCAGUUCACUGAAUGUCGAUGGAUCUCCUCACGUUGUUGGUUGUUCUGAUGGAACGAACCUUCCAAUGUCAGCAAGUUUAUAUCACCAAUCGAUGUAUCAAUCAACAAUCACUGGAGUUGAUGCAAUUGAUAGCGAUGGAUUGAUUCGAUACGAAGAUGAUGAACAGGCAAUGUUAAGAAAGAAGAAUAAAGCUCGAGAGGAAGCGAUUCGACUUCGUGACGAAGAAAUUGAAGAACUUCGAAAACGUGCACUUCUCGAAAAGGGAAUCAGUCCAAUUAAGAGAUAUUCCUGUAGUGAGAGUGAUACUGAACCAAUAGGACGUCUCGAUCGAGCUGCAUCCGAUUUAUCAAUUUUGGAUCCAGAUAGAGAACUUCCUAACUUCAGGCCCAAUACAACAUGGGAAGCCGAGGCGAAGAGUUGUUGUCUUUGUAAGAAAGAGUUCAAUAAAAUGAGUGUAUACGGUGAGGAUCGGCAACAUCACUGUCGGAAUUGUGGAAGAGUCGUUUGUGAAGAUUGCUCCAAACAACGAUUUGCUGUUGUUGAAGAAGGACAGAGCGUUCAGAAGCGGGUGUGCGAUAAGUGUUACGAAUCCAUGCACGAACCGGAGACGAAAAUGAAUAGAACUACCUCUCUGAGUGAUAUGUCCUCAUUUGAUUCAACAUCUUAUGGUCCAACAUAUUCACCUGGUUCCUCUCCUUCAUCCUCAUCUCUCAAUAUGCUUUCUUUGACGUCUCCAACUCGACCCCAGCCUAUACCCAUUUCCUGUAAAUCCUCUUCUAACUCGAUCUCUUCACCUCGUCCCUCACCUGGCGAAUUCAGUCGACACGGCUCAUCUCAAGCUGUGAAAGGCUAG